AUGGCGUCGAGCGUGGAUGCGAAGCUCAUUCGGCGGACUAAGUUCCCCCCUGAGUUUAAUAAGAAAGUGGACAUGACCAAGGUCAAUGUCGAAGUUAUGAAGAAAUGGAUCGCAAGUCAAAUCUCCAAGAUAUUGGGGAAUGAAGAUGACGUCGUUAUUGAGCUCUGUUUCGCUCAUUUGGAGAGAUCACGCUACCCCGAUAUCAAAUCUCUCCAAAUCCAACUCACCGGAUUCCUAGACAAAGAUACCCCCAAGUUCUGUCAAGAGCUAUGGUCCUUGUGUCUAAGCGGUCAGGCCAAUCCACAGGGCGUCCCGAAGGAGCUCCUGGAGGCUAAGAAGCUUGAGCUCAUACAAGAGAAGGUGAUUCUCGAGGCCGAGAAAGCUGCCGAAGCACUUCGACGCCAAAGAGAACAAGACCAACACCGUGAACGAGAGCUGGAUGAUGAAGAGCUGGUGACCGCAGUGGCCGUGGAGGUCGCUCCCUCGGAGGACGAGACUUCAACAGAAGAUCUCCACCUCCCAGAGACCGAGACCGCAGCCGAGACCGAUUCCGCGAGCCUCUACCUCGACGUGACUUUGACUCCUACGUGCCACCCGGUAAUCGUCGCGGCCGCCGGCCAUCCGUGUCUCCACACAGCACCCGUUCCCUAUCUUCCCCAAAGCCGUCGUCGCCAUCUCGCCGAAACCGCGAUGAGCCACGCCACAGGCGACGCGAACGACACCCCCGUUCCCCAAGCAACUCAGUAUCCCCCGACCGACGCAACCGUGGAGGAGCGAGAAGGCGCAGCAGUCCGGAUUACGGUGACCGUGUUAAAGCAAGACCCAUUUCCCGCAGCCGUUCCCCGCGCUCACGUUCCCCCAGAGGAGACCGCCGUCGACGAAGCUCCGUCUCUCGCAGCCGCAGUGUAUCCUCGUCGCCUCGCCACGCCCGGCGCCAAUCUCUUAAACCGCGAUUCUCGUCGCUUGAGCCGCAGCCCUGACAGUACUGGUACACGAGAUCGUGGUGAGAACCGUCGACGCCGCAGCCCCAGCGGUGGUCGGAGCCGUAGUCGCAGCCGCAGCCCCAAGAAGGAUACUGACGGCAAGCGGCGCCGCUCUAUGGAAAUAUACAACCCCGAUGAGAAACGACGCAAGAUGGCUGAUGAGAACGAGGACUCCACCCGACCCACGUCCAAAGCGGAUGACCCGCCCAAAGCUGAUGAUCUGUCCAAAGCUGAUGACACAAAAACAAAAGAUGCCGAGCAGGUUGGUCAUUGA